AUGGAUGCAGCAUGUUCCUUUUUCGAUGCCUCUCUUCCACAGCCCUUCCCGCUACCUUCCGCCUCACCCCACCCUCUAGCGACGCCCGCCCUGGACCAUUGCCCUCACCUGGACCUGAGCUUUGCUGGAACCUUCCUGCCAACUGACGUGUCACCGCCCUCUGCCACGCUGCCCAGGACCGCGCCCAAGUUUCGUUUGCCCUCGUUUGACAUCCUAGGCAUUGCUGCGCCCCACCCUGAUCGCCCCCCGUUGCACCCAACGUAUUCGUUCUCGUCACUGGGCGCCGGACCACUAUCGAAACCAGAAGACCCUCUCCAUGCCCUCAGCCCACCGUUGGAAUUCCGCCGUCAAGCUGACAAGUCCGUCAGGCCUCCCGCCGCCAGCCCAAAGGCUACCAGGAAGCAGGUGGAACACCAGGUGCCGACCUUUACUCCUCCGUCGGAGCCGGGGACGUUCGAUUGGGGCUCGCUCGUGAGAGUGAGGACAGCGGGUGCAGGCUCCCCACCCAGCUCAGAGCCCGGAGUAUCGCCAAAUCUGACUCUCACGGGAAGCGCGACGGGGCCAGGGCAAGCUCCGAUCGUUGUUCCGACUUACGCAGCUGAAUUAAGCGAGGCGGUUAGGAUGGCAUCUUGGGUUCAGAACAUCAAGAACAUCCUCACCACCGAGUCAGACACCCUAGACCUCGCCCAAGUCAGAGUUCUGUCGCACGCCCUCCCCUGCCCGUCGCUGACGGGUCACCUGUUCAGUCAAGUCAUCGCAGCCAUUCACGACAGGACCAACUCGCAGACCUCCUGGAUCAAUGUCUUCCAUGCCGUACCUGGUCGAUUCACGCUCUCUGAUCUCCCGAAGUCGCCGCCUUCGACCCCAGGUCCGGUUAUCGGCGGGGAAGAGUACUUCACCUCGAAGGUCUUUGACAGCGCCGUCGCCAUCCCCGACUACCAGCUCGAUUCGAAACUCUUGCCCCCGUCUCCGCAACCGGUCGUCCCUCCAGGCAGCAUCAACAUCUCGCUAGUCGAGCGAUACAUACCUCCCACUAACUACAACGAGUACGCCGAGAUGUUUGCUUCCCAGGGGCGGUCGCUGCUGUACGAUCGGCUGGUAGAGCUUUCGCCUGACAACGGGACGCUUUUGUUCGUAUAUCCCACGCGGACCGGUGGACGGACGUUCAUGAAGGAGUACCUUGGGCCAAUUCUGGAUCCGCUGCUGCGGACGGUGACAAUCAUCCAUGACCUGACAUCCGACCUCGGGAAGAAUCUCGGCACCAUGACCUCAGUGGAUUACUUAGACGAGUACGAUCAAAUGGUGGCGCACGUCGAGCAGUUCUGUACAAAGUUGAACGGCAGUGGCUCGAGUCGGAGGAGCAUCAACGAGCAGCAAGCGACCUACGAGCUGAUCCACGCCUCGAAGGAAGAGAUGGUGCUCGAGCGAUCGGCAUGGGCGGACGACUGGUGGAUUAAGCAGGAGAAGCCCAGGGUCCGUGAGGUGGUCACGAAGUACUUCCGGAAGGCGUCUCGACUUCCCACUAGUACUGAGAUGACGAGUGCGCACCUGAUCGAGGAAGUACUGAACGGCGUCUCGAAGCGCGAGUAUCUUGGCGGAGGUCCAAAGAAGGGCGUCGAGGUUGGUGUGUUCAUCAUCAAGAAGACACGGUCCACGUAG